UUUUGCGCAUUUUCAGAACACGCGAGAAAUUCAAACCAUCACCACUUUCGAGAGUUUGUUUUGCUUUUAUUUUACAGAGCAUUACGCUACGGACCGACCAUGAUCAUUCCUAUCCGAUGCUUUACGUGCGGCAAGGUUAUUGCGAACAAAUGGGAGAGUUACUUGGGUUUGUUACAAGCCGAGUACACCGAAGGUGAUGCUUUGGAUGCACUUGGACUUAAACGCUACUGUUGUAGACGAAUGUUGCUUGGUCAUGUUGAUUUAAUUGAAAAACUUCUCAAUUAUGCACCUCUUGAAAAAUAAUUACUUAUUCAAACCAUUUUUUCUUUUUUUUUUUA